GAGAGGGAUAAGCCACACUUGGAUGAAGGAUUCCACUGGAGCGAGGAGGGAUUUCCAAGUGUAGGAUCAGGAGAACUGGACGACAGGUCUCAGGUCCUCCAUACUGACACACUGGACAAGAUAGAGCGAGUGAAGAGAGAUGGACGGAUGGAAACAGGGGGAACACCGGGCCCAGGACUGACAGAGACUGACAUGACCUCUCCAUCUGGCUGUUUAAAACUGAACUGCACCUCCUGACAACCUACUGUUACUCGAUAUUAUUCACAGGUGCCGUGGGGAUGACUGACCACCAGCACUGAGUUCCAGCACAAGUUGGGGAGUUCACUCACAGUGUUGGAUACUGCUAAAGGCACUAUGGAUAUGUUCAAAUGUUUGAGCUUACUUUUCUUCACUCUUCCUCCACAAGUUUGUUUCCAAGUUAGACCUCGUGCCCACGCUGAAGAGAGGCUGCUCCAGGAUCUGUUUGUACAUUACAAUAAGCUCUCCAGGCCUGUGGAAAACACUUCAGACACAGUGAUGGUCCACUUUGGCCUUUCCAUUGCCCAGCUUAUUGAUGUGGACGAGAAGAACCAGAUGAUGACGACAAACGUCUGGGUCAAGCAAGAAUGGAAUGAUUACAAACUGCGCUGGAAGCCGGAGGAAUACGAGAAUGUCACCUCCAUCCGUAUUCCCUCAGAGGUCAUCUGGAGGCCAGACAUUGUCCUCUACAACAAUGCGGACGGCGACUUUGCAGUGACCCACCUAACGAAAGCGCAUCUGUUCUAUGAUGGUCGGAUAAAGUGGAUGCCACCAGCAAUUUAUAAGUCUUCAUGCAGCAUCGAUGUUACUUUCUUUCCUUUCGACCAGCAAAGCUGCAAGAUGAAGUUUGGCUCGUGGACGUACGACCGCGCCAAGAUCGAUCUGAUCAACAUGGAUAGUGAUGUGGACCAGAUGGACUACUGGGAGAGCGGCGAGUGGGUCAUCAUUAAUGCUGUGGGCAAGUACAAUACCAAAAAGUACGAGUGCUGCACGGAGAUCUAUGCAGACAUCACUUACUAUUUCAUCAUCCGGAGGCUUCCGCUGUUCUACACUAUAAACCUCAUCAUCCCUUGUCUGCUCAUCUCCUGUUUGACGGUGCUGGUGUUUUAUUUGCCAUCGCAAUGUGGAGAGAAGAUUACUUUGUGUAUCUCAGUGUUACUGUCUCUCACAGUGUUCCUCCUGCUGAUCACUGAGAUUAUACCGUCUACAUCACUGGUGAUUCCCCUGAUCGGUGAAUACCUGCUGUUCACCAUGGUCUUCGUCACGCUCUCCAUCGUAAUUACAGUCUUUGUGUUAAAUGUACAUCACCGCUCGCCACAAACCCAUGGCAUGCCUCAGUGGGUGCGGAGAGUGUUCUUGGACUUGGUGCCUCGCGUCCUCUUCAUGAAGCGUCCGCCAGGCACAGCGAAGCAGAACUGCAAGAAGCUUAUCGAGAUGAUGCACCGUCCAACAACGGUAUCUGCAACGGGCAACUCGCUGGCCUUUUGGGCCGGGUUAGAGACAGGAUUGAGACAAAUGGGACAGAUAGAGAAUACACUGCCAAAGACUCCACCCGAAAGUCCAAGCAUCCUUGUGUGCUCGCCUUCUCCACAUUCUUCUCCCCCUGAGGGCCAUACCGAGGAAGAUCACCCACUGAAGGGCAACAUUUUCUGCCAGUCCACAUCCAGCCAAUAUUCAGUUCUCUCAGACAAACAACUCCUACGUGGACACAACUGCACAGGCUUGUCUUCUUCCCAGUUAUCCUUGCCACCAUCUUUACCGCUCGGCCCACUUCACAGCCUAUACAGGGGAGAACCGAAUACACUGGCUCCAAACGGCCGCUCCGUCAGCGUGGAAGAAAUGUGUAACCAACAGACGGAGCUUACUCAGCGAGCUGGGCAUCACUGUCGCCCCUGCAGCUUCCAGUACUGCUGUCUGCAUGAUGAAGGGUCAGGGGUCAUCAGGUUCACGGGGCGGGUGAAGAAACAAGCCCCAACAGAUCACCACAGAUCACAAACUCUCACAGCAGAGUUCACCAAGGAUGCCAGCACCCAACAGGACACCAUAGUUCCAACUAUUUCCCCAGCUAUGCAACGGGCCAUAGAGGGAGUUCAGUACAUCGCUGAUCAUCUCAGGGCUGAGGAUGCAGACUUCUCAGUGAAGGAGGACUGGAAGUAUGUGGCCAUGGUCAUUGACAGGAUAUUCCUCUGGAUGUUUGUACUGGUGUGCAUACUGGGAUCUGUGGGACUCUUUCUUCCUCCUUGGCUGGCCGGAAUGAUCUAGAAACUUGCCAUCAAGGAAAAAGCCAAUAACACUGACAGAAGGACAUGCUGUCUUAUAUUAUGAAAAAAAAAAAAGAAUUUGUCAUUUAUCAUUUUAUUUUCAUUUUUUCUAAGGGAACUACGAGUCACAUUCCUCGUUCUUGCCCUAGGUUAUCAAAAGGUAACACGUGGAGAAAUGAGAGGAAAUAUCUAUCGUUGAUUCCAGUGGGUGAUAUAAAUUCUUUAUGAGGGCAAAAGGGCAACAGCGAAAAUAUAUCUUUCCGCUCUGAUCCGUUUUGAGGUUGAGCUGCUCAAGCUGUCACUUUCGUGAAAAACAAUGAAGAAUGGAGUAAGACCUAUUUACAACUGUGGAUAACAUCACAGAAAGACAGAGGCAUUGUGAGCUGUCAAUAAAACUAAUAAAGAAAGUUUGGGUUUGAUCUCAGUUUGACAAAGCUGCGCUUUCACCAAAUAUUCAUAAAAUUGUGUUUCUGUACAACCUGAUUUGUCAGACUUCUGUGCUGGGAAGGAUUUCUCUAAAAGACUUGUGUGUGUGUGUGUGUGUGUGUGGGUGGGUUGGUAUUCAGGUGCAACAGGUUUUGACACGUACAGCUCUGUACUUUUUCUAAUCAAAGCAGUUGAAUGAACAUAUUUAUUCAAUAUUUCUUUCAGCCUGUCUCUUUGUUACCACCACAGCAAUUUGAUGUUACCAGGAAGAGAUGUACUGUCAUUUUCUCCAGUCCUGCACAGCUCUCCCCUCAAUCUUGGCUUCUCACAAAAUGCAAGGGCACAUUUAUCUCUUUCUGUUGCUUGAUGAAUGAAUAGAAUAGGAGUGGGAGGAUUGCAUUUUAGUCAUUGAAGUUAAAGUU